AUGUUGGUCAGUAAUUCCAUGCCUGUGCCGAUAGAGAGCAACUGGCAACUUCAUGCUUGCACCAUGCAGACUAUAAGUACGCUGGAAGGAAGCGACGAGCAACAGUUACUUACAACAUCAGCCAUCAUGAAGUUUCUGAUCCUCGCCGCUCUGGCCGCCGUGGCCGCCGCCGUCCCCCAGGGAUACGGUGCUCCCCCUCCCCGCUACGGCUCCAGCGAGGAGAUCGCCAUCUUGAGGAACGACUUCGUGAUCGAGGACGACGGAAGGUACAACUUCGACGCGGAGACUGCCAACGGCAUCGUGGUCUCAGAGCACGGCACUCCCGGACUUGAGGGAGCCAUCAACAGCGCCGGAUCCUUCUCAUACACCGCUCCUGACGGCACUGACGUCCACCUCCAAUUCGUUGCUGACGAGAACGGCUUCCAGCCCCAGGGCGCCCACCUGCCCGUGGCUCCCGAGUUCCCCCACCCGAUCCCUCAGUUCGUCCUCGACCAGAUCGCCUUCGCCGCCGAGGAGGACGCCCGUAACGCCAAGAGGCCCUCCUCCGGUGGCUACCAGUGAUUGAACAUUGCUCCUCCGAUUCAUUAAGUGUACUGAGGCAUAUCCACCGUGUGGAGGCCUGCCGACCGUAUAGCUAGAUACAUAUUUUAUAUAUUUAUUAAAACAAUAAAUGAUUAUAUAACUU